AUGUCUCGCAUCCAACGCUCUCGAAUCCCACGAGAUAUCCAACGAACGCUCAUUGCCAACUCAGUAUUGGCACACCGCACUCAGUCAGAGGGAGGGACGCACCAUCCAGCUCGCUUCGACACCGAUUCACUGCCAAUUGGCAUCAACAACCGCUGCUCCUUCUGCAUCUCCGACAAGGAAUACCACUUCGAAGACCUGCGAAAAACACAGCACGUCAUCAAGGGUUUUGGAAAUCGAAAGACCAUUGAUGUCAUGGCUGGAACACUGGUUUGGAAAUGGUUAGAUGAUGACAGAAAGGAACACACAUUCCGAAUCCCAAAUUCAUUCUACGUACCUUCAGACAAGAUGAGAUUGCUGAGCCCGCAGCAUAUCUCCCAAGUUCUCAAGCAACAAGGCCUUGGACAGUUCAUUGAAACAACAGAAGGCAAGCUCUGUACACUGCAAUGGGGAGACAAGUGUCAGUAUCGAAAAACCAUUGCAGUUGACCCAAAAACAAAUGUUUUUACCUUCGAUUUGGCACCAGGAUAUGACAACUUCUACGCCUAUUGUGCCCAAUGUGCCGAAGCCAACCAGGACGACGACCUCUUUGAAGAGGACCUUGAAGCACCUACAGCAAUGGAGGCAACGAUG